GGGUACUGUGGGAAGAAGGACAGUUACAAGACCUAUUUCUGAUCACAUGGUCCUUCUUUUGUACUACUGCUCCCAUCGACGUCUGGCAUAGACAUCCCUUUGCGUUAGGCCCCAUUCCUCCUUCCACCCGACUGUGGCCAACAUUGCUUUGAACUGUGUGCUGCAGCACCCGGCGGUCCAUAAGUUUGUGUUGCAUGUAUGAAUGGCCCUUCCGUGCCAAUGAGCCUCCGAACCUUAGUUUCCGUAUUGAACGAGUCAGUAACAUGAUAGCCAAGCUUGCGAAAACCUGCACCCUCCGAAUCAGCCCCAAUAAGCUGAACUUCAUCCUUUCUGAUAAACUGGCCAGUGGAGGGGUGAGCAUGUGGUGUGAGCUGGAGCAGGAGAACUUUUUCAGCGAAUUUCAAAUGGAGGGUGUUUCGGCAGAAAACAAUGAGAUUUAUUUAGAGCUAACAUCGGAAAACUUAUCUCGAGCUUUGAAAACUACCCAGAAUGCCAGAUCCUUGAAAAUCAAGCUGACUAAUAAACACUUUCCCUGCCUCACAAUCUCUGUAGAGCUGUUAUCUGUGUCAAGCAGUAGUCGCAUUGUGACCCAUGACAUCCCCAUAACGAUUAUUCCUAGAAGAUUGUGGAAGGACUUACGAGAACCCUCAGUCCCAGAUUCUGAUGUGAGUAUUUAUUUGCCAGUCUUGAAGACUAUGAGGAGUGUUGUAGAAAAAAUGAAAAACAUCAGCAAUCAUCUUAUUAUUGAAGCAAACCUAAAUGGAGAUUUGAACUUGAAGAUAGAAACUGAAUUAGUAUGUAUUACAACUCAUUUUAAAGAUCUUGGAAAUCCUCCAUUAGCCUCUGAAAAUACUUCUCAGAACAGAAACCCAGAAGAGAUGGCUGAGGUGCACAUAGAUAUCAAGAAGCUCCUCCAAUUUCUUGCUGGACAGCAGGUGAAUCCUACAAAGGCCAUAUGCAAUAUUGUGAAUAAUAGGAUUGUUCAUUUUGAUUUGCUUCAUGAAGACGUCUCCCUACAGUAUUUCAUCCCAGCAUUGUCCUAGCGCUACCUUGCCAGAUUUGAAUGCCCAGAGGCCUUUGUCCUGAUGGGAGAGGCAGUGGGGCAAUGUGUUCUGAGUCACUUGUCUGUCCUGACAACACCACAAAUCUCCACACCAUGCUUAUUCUUCCUCUAUAAUAUUUUAACUAAAAAUGAAAUCAGUGCAACAUAGUUGGAUAAGCAUAUUACUUUAUAUUAUUUAUGUCUGUUUUGUUUUUUAAUUUUUUUUAUUUGCUUUUAAGACAUUGAGAAGAAGAGCUAAAAUUUAUCCAGUUUUUAUUUAUUUUGUGGUGCUGGGAAUGGACCCUAGCACUCUACUGCUGAGCUACACCUGGCCCUCUCCUCUUUAAACAGCAGUUUCUCAUUGAAGUUAUGAAAAUCCUCACACAUGUGGAAUCAGUGUCAUAGAAUUCAUAAGAGUGUUGCCCACGGAGUUUGGAGUUUUCCUCCAAGUACAACCUCUAGUUCAGCACACUGUUGGCCACUCUCAAAUUUUAGCAUGUUUCUCUCUCCUUGCUCCCAUCCCCAAGAGCCCAGUGAUAGAAAAGAUGGUCCUUCCGUCCCCCACAGCACCUGUGGUUAUUUAGUGCUCAAUAACUGCAGCAUAGGACCCUCUGUCCAACUUUCAAAGAACUCGAGCCCACUUGCCUCUCUGCUCCCUGAAAGCUGGCCCAGACAACAUGGUUCUCAGCUGCAAGCUUUCCCUUCCUUCUGCUGUUCUCACUGUCUCCCUGGGGCCAAUUUUGCUCUUAAGUUGUUUUUUGCAGUGCCAGGAGUUGAACCAAGGGCCUUGCAUGUGCUACACUGAGCUACAUCCCCAGUCCUUUGGUUUAUAAUUCUUUAUAGUGUUUUUUUUUCCUCUGUGGUAUAUCAGAUCUUUCAUUUUGAGAAGAAUUUGCAUUUAGAGUAGAAAAAAAAGGAAUUUCUAAGUUAGCUUUUGUGUUAAAUGAUGAGACCUUGUUUCCGUUUAUGUAUCAAAGCUGAUGCAGUUGUGAUGGAUGUGCUUCCUCAUUCUCCCUGAAGUACAUUUCAUCAUAUUUCCUAUUUUAAUUAAAUCUCAUGUGACCUAUGGAGGGGGACAUAAUACAUAGAGUAUUGUAAUGUCUCAUUACAAAGUCAAGACCUAUUUUGUUUAGGAUAAACAUCAGCAAAAAUGAAAAUCUCUUUUGGCUUUAUUAUUUGAUAAAACCAAUGUAUGUGAAUGACUUUUCUGGUUUUUAGUAAUGUUAGUUUCAGUAGGAUGUUCUAUUUUGUGAGGCUAACGUUUUAAAAUCAGACAUUUUAGUUUUGAAAUGCUGUCUCCCUUCUUGGCUUGUAAUAAAAUCAAUUCCCACUAUAGUCAUAAAACCUAAAAAUCAUGAUGCAAAAUAGAAUUAUAUCUGAAAAUUAUUUUAUAAAAAAUUAUGUUUGUGAAAAUGUGUUAUGACUUACCAGUUGUAUAACAUUUAUUAUCAGUGUAUCUGAACUGUAUGAUUUUAUGGAUAGUUCAGGAUUUCCUGUCCUUGGAAUGUGGCUAAAGAAGUCCUCAUUGGCAGUGUGGAGGCUACAGUCUUUCUGAUUUUUUUGUCACAACUUGCUUUGUUUUGUUCAUCAAGACUCCUACUCUUUGCAUCUCACAGACCUAUACGAUGAGGGAGGGAACUAGUAGAAAACCACAAACUUAGGAAGUGUAUGGGGUUGCUUUAUUGAACAGUGUGCCAAGAUAAGAUUAUGUAAACAAGAAAUAGCAACUUAGUUCAUUUAGAGGACCAAAGAUAACUUCUGGAUUUUGGAAACACACUUUUACUGGCUGUGCAUGUGUAAGAAUUUAGGUUUGAGGAGCACUGUGCUAAAUGUCAGAGCCAGUAGGGCAUCCUCUUGCCUUGCCUGCAUGGGCUCAGAGUCCAGCUUAUCUUUGGUAGCCCCAUCUUUUGUUGUUGUUGAACUGGGCAUUGAACUUAGGGGCACUUUACCACUGAGUUACAUCCUCAGUGGAUUUUAUUUUUUUAUUUUGAGACAGCAUCUUGCUAAGUUACUGGGGUAUCCCUAAGUUAACUGAGGCUGGCUUCAGACAUUUAAUGCUCCUGCCUCAGCUUCCUGAGUUGCUGGAAUUACAGGGUGCAUCACCAUGUGCAACUGAUAGCCACAUCUUGAACUGAGUUUUGAGACCAUCCUGAGUAGGUCAGGGAGACAUAAAAAUUUCUAAUCCAGGUACUCAAGCUCACAUCCAAGUGGCCUUGCCAUCUUUCAGCAGCCUUUCCUUAGUUCAGCAGGGAAUUGCUUACCCAUCAGGUCUCAGAUAUAGUUUAUUGGAUAAUGCUUCCCUAGCACAAAGGACCCUGCUCUUGCCCUGAAAAGUGGCAUGAGCAUUAGUUCUGGAGCAGGAACUCUGGUUCUGUCUCAGUGAAAUGUCUUAAUGAUGUUCAUAUUCUUGGUAUAUUCUGCCAAAUGGAUAGAGUAUUCAUCUUUUUGAAGAGAGAUACAAUUCUAUGCAUUUUUAUUUUAAAACCUUUAUUGAAAAUCACUGAUCAUACAGUUAAUCCAUUAAAAUAUUCAAUCUGGUGGGUUUAGUUUGUUCACAGGCCUUGUGCAGCCACCACCACAAUUUUAGAACUUUGUCAUUACCCAAUAAGGAAAAUCCCAAACCACUCAGUCAUUCCCGUUUCCAACCCCUGCUCCACUUUUCCUUGCAGGCAACCCAGUUGUCUACUUUUCUGCCUCUGUAUAUUUGUCUUUUCUGGACAUCUUUUUAAAGCUCCUCCUUUCUAACUGUAAUUAGAUAUACUUCGAUCAGUAUUUCCACAUACCUACCUUCGCCACAGCCACACAACCCCUGGUGACCACUAUUCUACUCUCUACUUCUACGAUUCUACAUAUGAAUCACAUGAGCAAAAUCAUACAAUGUUUGUCUUUCCAUGCCU